UCUCGACGCAUGCGCAGCACACAACUGGCGCUUGUACUGAUUCUCACAACCCCGUUUCCACCAUUUCUUCCUGCUGGGUAACGAGACCCGCGCCCAGCUGUCCACCCGUCGUGGGCUCUGGAGAGAAGGUGGGCCGGGAACUGGAUUCAGGGGAGUCGGGACUAGGUUUUCGGUCGCAUCUGCUGAAGACUAUCGCGAUCGCCUCCCCGAGGGUGGAGUAAGGGUGGCCACAGGCAGGCAGGUACCCGCGGCGGUUCGGUCCUGCGUUCGGUGCCUCGAGAGAGCUGGAGCUGCAAUGGUUUGCUGUUUUAUUCGAACUUACUUUUCUCUUUGUAUUAUCGUGGCGUUCCCAAGCAAGCAACUGCAGAUGAAUCUUUACAAGAAGAAUAUUUUUAUUAGUGGCAAGAAGACCAUUUCAAAGUGAACUUGUCUGUCCUCCAGACAUACAACAGUGAAAUUCCUGUUUCAGCAAAUACAGCCAUUGUGGUGUCUGCUGUUGACUCUCUUCCUCACCAUGUCUUCUCACAAGACUUUCAGGAUCAAGCGAUUCCUGGCCAAGAAACAAAAGCAGAAUCGUCCCAUUCCCCAGUGGAUUCGGAUGAAAACUGAUGAUAAAAUCUAUUACAAGUCCAAGAGGAGACACUGGAGAAGAACUAAGCUGGGUCUUUAAGGAGUCACACAUAAGAUGGCACACUUAUUUAUGCUGUAUCAAAGUCACAUGCUCUUACCAUCUCACUCUGUAAACACUGCUAGGAUCUGGGAAAUUGGGUGUGUUUUAUUGGGGAAAUGAUUUUUUUUGUUUCUAUGCUUCUUCACUAUUCUGUUUAUUCAAUAAUAAAUAUGUGAGACCUUUUGCAUGAAAAAAAAAAAAGAUGUUACAGAACCACUGGUUAUAUUCUCCAUGUUGCAUUUCCAUCCCAGUGACCAAUGUAUAUUAUGAUUGAAAAUUUGUGCCUGUUUAUCCCCCUCACCAACGCCAUGCACCCACCCCAACCCAUCCCCCAUGGUAACUACCAGUCGUUUCUCAGUGUCUGAGUCUACUACUGUUUUGUUUUUAGAUUUCACGUAAAAGUGAAAUCAUAGGGUAUUUGUCUUUGCCUGGCUUAUUUCACUUAACAUAAUACUCUCUAGGUUCAUCCAUGUUGUCACAAGUGCCAGGAUUUCCUUUUGUUAUGGCAGAAUAAUAUUCCAUUGUAUGUAUUCCAAGAUGUACCACAUCUUCUUUAUCCAUUCAUCUAUAUUGAUGGACACUUAGAUUACUUCCGUAUCUUAGCUAUUUGCAAGUAAAGCAACAAUAAACAUAGGUGUGCACAUGU